GCUGCUACGGUCGCCGCCGGUGGAGUGGUGUGUUCGCGAGGGUUUUACGUUUUUUUUUACAUUUAUACUACGUUUAAAUUAAAAAUCUGCCAUACAACAUAAACAAUGGGCAAAAAGGAAGAAGAAGAGAUCAUCCGGAUCGCGAAGAAGAUGGAUAAAAUGGCACAGAAAAAGAACGGGGUAAGGUGUUGGUUGCUCUGGAUUUAUUUAAAAGAACUAAAGAACAUACCCAUGACCCUGGAGCUUCUGCAGUCUACGAGAAUCGGGAUGUCGGUCAAUGCCAUCCGCAAACAGAGCACAGACGAUGAAGUGACCUCACUGGCCAAGUCUUUGAUCAAGUCCUGGAAGAAGUUGCUGGAUGAGCCCGCUGCUGAUAAAAACUCUGAGGAGAAAAAGAAGGAACGCACAACACCAGUGGUCUCGCCUUCUGAAACCAGCCCCGAACCCAGAGAAGAGAGUUCAAGCAGCAAUUCUAGCAGUAAGAGCGAGUCUGUUGAUGUUACACCCAACACUUUGAUAGCCACUUUCCCACGAGCACCAGGCACAUCUGACUCAGUCCGUAUCAAGUGCAGGGAGAUGCUGUCAAAUGCUUUGCAAACAGGAGAUGAUUACAUUACGAUUGGCUCUGACUGCGAUGAACUUGGUGCUCAGAUUGAAGAUUGUAUCUUUUUGGAAUAAAAUACUGACAUGAAAUACAAGAAUCGUGUACGAAGCCGGAUCUCUAAUCUUAAGGAUGCAAAGAAUCCAAACCUGAGAAGGAACGUCCUUUGAAAUGUCAGUCCAGACCGCAUAGCCAAAAUGACAGCAGAGGAAAUGGCAAGUGAUGAACUGAAGGAAAUGCGCAAGAAUCUGACCAAAGAGGCCAUCAGGGACCACCAAGUGGCCACUUCUGGGGGCACCCAGACUGACCUGUUCACUUGUGGCAAAUAAAAGAAGAGGUGUACAUACACCCAGGUUCAAACUCGAAGUGCUGAUGAACCGAUGACAACAUUCGUCUUCUGCAAUGAAUGUGGAAAUAGGUGGAAGUUCUGCUGAAGCUGGGGGUUGUUCUCUGUGUUUGGAGAUGUAGCUAAAUUCCAGGACCACGUUUCUGUAUCAUUGAUGACAAUUUCAAUG